UUCCACUCCACCUGGACUGCAAAUGGCCCGAACGUUGCGAGCGGUCGCCAGUUGCUGAAGAACCGUUAUCGAAUCCGGACCGGAUUCGCACCCGGACACUGAAAACCGUUUGUUGGCACCCGGCCAUUCUUAUCAGUCGCCACAAUGGAACGCUCGAGCACGCAAUUCGAUAAAUACACUAAAAUUUGGAGUGGACCAAGGCCGGCGAACUUCUUCGAUGUGGACUGUUCGAUUGGUAAAAUUCUGUUCGCCUUUAUGCGGAAUCAUCCGUCCAGCAUUUGUCAGAUUUCGGAUACUGAAGGCACAGCUUUAACCAAUGGAGAGGCCAUCACCUUUGCGAUCCGCAUUGCCCAGCAGCUGAAAGCCAUGGGAUUGAAACAGGAUGAUGUGGUGGGCAUCGCUGGAACCAACACCACUUACCUAAUGCCUGUUGUUCUGGGAUGUCUUCUGAAUGGCACACCCUUUCAUGCGGUUAGUCCCUGGCACGACGAGGAGACCAUGAAGCACCUGUUCUCCAUUACCAGGCCAAGGGUCAUCUUCUGCGACGGUUACGUCUACCAGCGCCUGAGCAUUAUUGCUAGGAUUCUCAAGAGCCAAGUCUACACGCUGAAGGAUCAUCGGUUGGGCAUGCCGCGCGUCGAGGAUCUGCUGGAACCCACUAAAGCUGAGCUUUACUAUGUGCCAGAGACUCUCCUACUUGGUGGAGAUCAUACAGUUGCCAUUCUUUGCACUUCGGGCACCACAGGUCUUCCAAAAGCAGUUUGUAUUAGCAACUCGGCUUGUCUCUUCGAUUUUGGCUUCGUGACCGGUCAGGAUGUAUUGCUUUCCUUCAGCACCAUCGACUGGUCGGCUGGCAUGUUCAACAUGCUGUUCAGCUGCUGCCACGGCUCCACGCGGAUCAUCACGGACAGGGCUUAUACCCCGGAGUACCUGCUUCAACUGGUGGAGAAGUACAAGGUGACCCUGCUGACGGUGGUGCCCCAGCAGGUGGCCUCCCUCCUAAAGGCGCCAACUCUAAGCAAGCAGCGGCUAUCCAGCAUUCGGUUUGUGAGCGUGGGCGGAGGAUCCUGUUACGUGGCCAACCUGCUGAAGCUGCAGGACUUCCUUAUCACAGGGCAGAUAUCCUAUGGCUAUGCCCUUACCGAAUGUGGAGGCGUGGCGGCCAAUAUGGGCAUAUCCAAACCCUCUUCCGUGGGAAGGAUUGUACCAGGAGUGCGGGUCAAGAUCCUAGACGACGCCGGUCGGAGUUUGGGACACGGAGAGACUGGUGAGAUCCUUGUGCACAAUGGAAAGGUAUGGAACGGCUACUACGCCAAUCCCAACGAGUCGAAGCGGAUGCAGGACUACCAGGGAUGGUUCCACACCGGCGAUAUGGGUUACUUCGAUGACGAGAACUACCUGCACAUCGUGGAGCGCAAGAAGGAUCUCCUGCGUUUCCAUGGCGCCCAGUACUGUCCCCAAGAACUGGAGCAGGUCAUCGCCGAGCUGCCGGAUGUGAUCGAGGCCUGUGUCUUCGGCCUGUGGAAUGAAGUCGAUGGCGAUCCUGCAGCGGCGGCGGUCGUUAAAGUCCCUGGAAGUCGCCUAACCGAAAUGGACAUCGUGGAGUACGUGGCCAAGCGACUGGUGGUCAAGCACAAGCAGCUCCACUGUGGCGUAUUCUUUCUUACCGAGUUGCCAAAAACGGGGAGUGGCAAGGUACUCCGACAGCAGGCACGGGAUCAGGCUUUGGGCAAAAGGUGGGCCGACUACGGUAACGGACACUAAUCUUUCAAUAGACGUAAUUCUGUUAGGCUUAAAGACAAUUAGUUAUUACCGACGGGUGGGUGACUCAUCCAGUUAGCGUUCAAGUACUGCCGAAAAAGUAAAAAUAAAAUAUAAACCCAAA